GAAAUCCUUUCUGAGGGACGUGAACGCCUGCCUGUCAGGAGCUCUGCGAGGCUCUGUGUUUCCUGGUUCGGGAGGAGGGUUAGUGUUUGAGCGAGCGGGCGCCUGGCGUGUCGGGGCGGUGAGAAGCAGGAGCCGGGCGCUGGGGCAUGGACAGCCGCUUGCAGGAGAUCCGGGAGCGGCAGAAGUUGCGGCGGCAGCUCCUAGCUCAGCAGCUGGGAGCUGAAAGCGCGGAUAGCAUUGGUGCUGUGUUAAAUAGCAAAGAUGAGCAGAGGGAAAUUGCUGAGACACGAGAAAAUUGCAGGGCUUCCUAUGAUACAGCUGCUCCAAAUUCAAAACGGAAGUGCCUGGAUGAAGGCGAUACAGAUGAAGACAAAAUAGAAGAAUAUAAGGAUGAACUAGAAUUGCAACAGGAGGAAGAAAAUUUGCCAUAUGAAGAAGAGAUUUACAAAGAUUCCAGUACCUUUCUUAAGGGAACGCAGAGCUUAAAUCCCCAUAAUGAUUACUGCCAACAUUUUGUAGACACUGGACAUAGACCUCAGAAUUUCAUCAGGGAUGUAGGUUUAGCUGACAGAUUUGAAGAAUAUCCUAAACUUAGGGAACUCAUCAGACUAAAGGAUGAGUUAAUAGCUAAGUCAAAUACUCCUCCAAUGUACUUACAAGCAGACAUAGAAGCCUUUGACAUCAGAGAAUUGACACCCAAAUUUGAUGUUAUUCUUCUGGAACCUCCUCUGGAAGAAUACUAUAGAGAGACUGGCAUCACCGCGAAUGAGAAGUGCUGGACAUGGGAUGAUAUUAUGAAGUUAGAAAUUGAUGAGAUCGCAGCACCUCGGUCAUUUAUAUUCCUCUGGUGUGGCUCGGGGGAAGGACUGGACCUUGGAAGAGUAUGUUUACGAAAGUGGGGUUACAGAAGAUGUGAAGAUAUUUGUUGGAUUAAAACCAAUAAAAACAAUCCUGGCAAGACGAAGACUCUAGAUCCAAAGGCAGUUUUUCAGAGAACGAAGGAACACUGCCUCAUGGGGAUCAAAGGAACUGUGAAGAGGAGCACAGAUGGGGACUUUAUUCAUGCUAAUGUUGACAUUGACUUAAUAAUCACAGAAGAACCUGAAAUUGGCAAUAUAGAAAAACCUGUAGAAAUUUUUCAUAUAAUAGAGCAUUUUUGUCUUGGAAGACGACGUCUUCAUCUGUUUGGAAGAGAUAGUACUAUCAGGCCAGGCUGGCUCACCGUUGGACCAACACUUACAAAUAGUAACUACAAUGCAGAAACAUAUGCAUCCUAUUUCAGUGCCCCCAAUUCGUACUUGACCGGAUGUACAGAGGAAAUCGAGAGGCUUAGACCAAAGUCACCUCCUCCAAAGUCCAAGUCUGACCGUGGUGGUGGAGCUCCCAGAGGUGGCGGGAGAGGGGGAACCUCUGCUGGCCGUGGUCGAGAAAGAAAUCGAUCGAAUUUCCGAGGAGAAAGAGGUGGCUUUAGGGGAGGUCGUGGAGGCACACACAGAGGUGGCUUUCCGCCUCGGUAACUUAAAGACACCUAACAAUGUCCCCUCUGGCUUCUAUGGUGGAGACUUACUUUAGAACUCACUCCCAGCUUGCACUUUGCUUUAGUGCUGCCAGAAAGACCUUAGCUGCCCCUACCCCAUCCCACCCUAGGUCCCUGCAGUUGUCACAGGGACUGCAAUUCUGCUCAGGGUAGAUGAGUCACGUGCAUGCAGUAGGACAGAAUGGAACACUCACACUGACGUGACUGAUUUCAACUGAGGCUGUGGCUUCUUGGAAACAGGUGAGCAUUGGCUUCCGCAUCUCAGGAGCAUGGCAGGAGCCGGGGCUCUUUCCCUUGCCAUGGCUUCCACAGCAACUGGAGACUGGGAACCUGGGUAGAACAGGCUUGGGACAGGUGGUGAGCCUCUCUGGGGCCUUUAACAUUUCUCACUGAAACACUAAGAAGAUGUAGAUCAUUUCCCCUUUACUUUUAAAUCCUAAAAUCACUUGACGUAUCAUUUGAGGACUAAAGACUGAGAGAUGAAAUGAAACCACUUUCUUCCAGAUCAGGGUCUGAGGGGUGCUGGAGCCCUCGGGAUAGGUAAAGGAAGAGGUAAAACUCAGUAGAUUUAAAAACCAAAGCAAAAGCUUAUCAUAAUGUAAAUUGUGCAGCCACAGAUGACUCAUAAUCAUGCUUCCGAAGAAGCAAAAGGAGGGCUGUGGUGUGGACUUGAUCUUGGAUUGGCCUUCUAAGACGAUUCAUGUUUCUUAACAAAGGUGAAAACAGAUUUGCUGGGGAAGGGUUGGUUUAAACAUUUUUGAGUAAAUGCUUGGUGAGGAGGAAAUGACAGACAUCUUUAAAGUUGCUAUGUAAAAGCAAUUACAGAAAACCCUCAAGAAUACAGCUUGGAAGAAGGAACUGCAGUUGCCGUUUAGAAAACCAUGUGGUGCAUUUGUCUCCACGAGACUGUUGUUGGCUUGGAAAGCUUCAUGCUGUUGCAUUUCUACACCUUAACUCAUGUUUGAAUGGAUAUGGAUAUGCUGGAUGAGAUAAUACCAUUAUUGCUCUUGGUAACUCCUUUUUUUAUUUUGCUAUAACUUUUCUAAUAAAACUUUAAAACUUGGAAA